CGUGGAAAGACGCAACCAUUUCAUAUGCGACGUGCAUCUUGGUUUGGUCGCUUCGCUUUCGGAUUUCCGGCUUUACCUUGGUUGCUUGGAACUUAACGCCGUUAGUUGUUAAUAGUGCAAAAGCGUACCGGUUGAAUGAACGCCAGAACUAAAGGUUCUAAACAUACCUAGUUAGGUCUGUAGGGCGCUGCAAGUGACGAAGCAAGCAGAAAUGAAUCCGGCGGGCAGCGUUCCCGAGCACUUGCCUCCAGCCAAGGACGUGACGACCGGCCCUUACGAGGUCAAAGAGCUGCAAGCUCCCGUCCUCAGGGGCUUGGCGCUUGGCAUCGCGGUUCGCGUGUUCGAGUCAUGGUUGGGCCAGUUCCUGUACCCCGUGCUGGCGCACCAGAGUGGAAUUACACAGGUGCUCCAGGGCCCGCGACUUCCCGAGGCGCCCCUGUUCACUCCCGUUGUGUCGCUAAUCACGACCGAACCUGAGGAGCACGCCGAAGCUCUGGAUGUUAACUUCCCUGAGGACUCCACAGAUCCAGCAUCAGAUGCCGAGGAUAGCGAGGGCCAUGUUGACGACGAACACGCCAUGGCAUGCCGCGCCAUCCGCCGAGCUCUGCGUCGCGGCCUGCUGCCUCACCUCCAGCAGUUAGAACACACACAACCAUCGACUACUGCUUCGGUAAACAACAACGCCGAUUUAAAGGCAGCAAGUGCUGAGACCGCACAGGAUGUUACCGUUGGAUACCCUGCGGAGAUGCCCAGCCGCGACCACGACCAAAUUCCCCUGGAGCCGCGUCCCUUCACCGGCGGCGCCACCAUCCUGGACUACGCCAGGGCGUACCGCUCAGGCUCCGUCACCCCCAGCCAAGUGGCUGAGCGCAUCAUCGCCUUCGUGGAGGCCGGCAGGACGGGGGGAGCUAGUGGGGCAGGAGGAGGAGGGGUCGGAGGAGGAGGGGCAGCCGCCUUGCCGCCCCAGGGUGUGGGUUGGUUCGCCGACUGGCGUCCCGAGGUGGUGCGGCUGGAGGCGGAGGAGAGCAGCCGCCGACUGCGCUGUGGUCGCCCCCGCUCGCUGCUGGAGGGGGUUCCCUUCGCCGUGAAGGACCUGGUGGAUGCGGCGCCGUACGACACGGCGGCGGGAACCUGCUUCCUGGGGGCGGAGCGCCCGGUGGUCUCCGACGCGCCCUUCAUCUCGCUGCUGCGCCGGCUGGGUGCCGUACUGCUGGGCAAGACCAGCAUGCACGAGAUCGGGCUGGGCAUCACGGGUCUCAACAUCCGCGGAGGAGGUGGGGGAACGGGAGGAGGAGGAGGGGGCGCUACGGCCCUGAACCCCUAUGCGCUGGGCUGCCGUGAAGGCUCCGGCCCCCAGCUGCACUACUGCGGGGGCUCCUCCAGCGGCAGUGCGGCGGUGGUGGCGGCGGGGCUGUGUCCCUUCGCAUUAGGCAGCGACGGCGGCGGUUCCAUCCGCAUCCCCUCCUCCCACUGCGGCCUGGUGGGGUUAAAGCCGGGCUGGGGGCGGGUGGGAGCGGCGGUGGGGGCGGUGGAUCUGGACUGCAGUGUGGCGUCGCUGGGGCCGCUGGCGGGCUGCGUUCAGGACGCCGCCUUGCUCUACGCCAUCAUGAGCCUGCCUGCCCUCACCACCACCCGGCAGCCGACAACAGCAGCAGCAGUAGCAGGUGAAGCAACAGCAGCAACAACCGCGACUGCUGCUGCUGCAGCCCCUGCUGCUGCCGCUACUCCCGAAAGUGCUGCUGCUGCUGCCGCUGAGGCCCCCCCCGCACCGAAGCAUCCACAGCCGGCCCACACCACCCCUGCUCCGCAUUCAGCAGCCCCAACCUCCCUGCCGCCUCUGCUGCUGCCCAGUCAAUGGCCCAUGGGUCACCCCGCCCCCGCCCCCUCCCUGGAGUCCUGGCAGCCCCUCAGGGGGCUCCGCAUUGGGGUGUACGAGGAGUGGUUCUCCCACGCCUCCCCCCGAGUGGUGGACUGCUGCCGGGCUGCCCUAGCGGCGCUGCAGUCCCUGGGUGCGGCGCUGCUCCCGGUGGUGGUUCCGGAGCUGGAGCCGCUGCGGGUGGCGCACUCGGUCACCAUCGUCAGCGAGAUGAGGCACAACUUCAGGGACCGCUGCGCCUCCCCCCGCCUGCGAGCCGCAUUCAACCCCGAUGUACGACUGGCGCUGGCCAAUGCGCGGUUCUGGAGCCCGGGGGACUACCUCACGGCUCAGCGCAUCCGGGCUCGAGCCAACGUGCACUUCCGGCGGGUGCUGAGCCAGGUGCAUGUCAUCGCCACUCCCACCACCCCCUCUCCCGCGCCCAGCAUCCACCCAGAGGCUCUCCGCGGAGGAGAGAGCAACCUGCGACAGGUGAGCCGCAUGAUGCGGUUCGUGCUGGCCGCCAACAUGCUGGGGCUGCCCGCGGUGUCGCUGCCGCUGGCCCAGCGGGGCGACGACCCGGAUGUGGAAGGCCCGCCGGACGAGCACGAUGGUUCAGAGCUGCUCCCCAUCGGUUUGAACACGGUGCCCGAGGACGGUAUGGACGCCGUUGCAGCUGCAGCUGCGCAAGCGGCAGAUGCACUCCCGGACGUGGACGCUAUGGCUGGUUUCGACAUGACUAAACCGGAGGGCAGGUACGCGUACGACGCUGUAACCCGCUGUAGUGACGUGCACCUUCCAAAUGGCCAUGGUGCGGACGCGGUGUCCUUUGUUCGGCGAGCCACCCCAGAAGACGGCCCCAUGCUGCGCGCCGCCGAACAGCGCCUCAAACAGUUUGUGCUGAGCGAUGCUGAAGUAGCUCCUGCAGCAAACAGCGACAGCCACCAACGGCUGCACGUUGCCGGCGGCCAUCAUGGCGACCCCGUCCGUGCGUGGGUCACCACAAUCGAUUCCAUCACCGGAGCCAGCACGGACAUUCACCUGCGCCCUGGAACCGCGCCGCCGUACGUACACAUGGCGACGCCGCCUACACCCGAGCAGACGAUCCAGCUCUUCACGCUGUCAGCAGAACAGGGCGUAGCGUUCUUGCUUAUCCACCGCGCAUUCAUGGCUGACAUCCAGCACCAACCGCAGCCGCCGCUGCACCUCAUGGUGGUGGGCGGUCCGGGUACUGGCAAGAGCCAGACCAUUAAGGCCGCUCUGUGGCACACCUUCCAGCACGGGCACCGCGAUUGGCUAGCCACAACCGCUUACACCUGGUGCGCGGUGAUCACGGUCAACACUCCCUACCACCGGGGGCUGUCGACCAGCACCAUGUUCCAAUUGGGAUGGGGCCGAGGUCGUCAGCAACAAUCCUCACGCGCUGGCGAACAGGUACGAAAGAAUGUUCCCGGAGGUGCCGUAUCCUUCGAUGAGCUUAGCUUCCUAAGCCUGCAGCACCUAGGGCAGAUCAACGCAUCGGCCAGCAGGCACCUCCAGCGACCUCCCCACCUGUCCCGGAGUGGUGCCGGCUACAGCAUGCUUGCUGGUCGGCACGUCAUCAUGUCCGGCGACAUCCUUCAGCACAGGCCGCCCAACGGCAGGCCACUUUACACGUUUGCAGAGGGCCUGGAGAAGGACCGCAACUACCUCGCUCGGCUUCGAAGCGGCGACACCACAGCCCCACGCGGAAUCCCGCCGCUGCCAAAACAGAAGAAGCCCAGGCCGCCCACCCGUGAAGAAGAGGCUGGCCUGGACUUCUACCGCGCCAUCGCUUUCAUUAUACUGCUCUCCAAGCAGCAACGCCAGGACGACACGCCAAGCGGCCGCCUGCUAACACGGCUAGCAAGUGUAUUCAGCGGCGGCCAGGAUGUCAACCGGAGAACGAUCGAAGAGCUCGUCCGCCAGUUGAAUAGCCGCGUCGUACCCGACCUGGCUGCUCUCGGUUCCAGCGACCCACGGGUCGUCCUGCAGCGAAACCAACCCCGGCACGGCCUCAACAUCCGUCUCAUCAAGCUGCAAGCAGCACACCAGGGGAGGCGGCUGGUCGUGUGGAAGGCGCGUCACGCUCGUACGGGGCACAACGCACUCCCGCUCAAUGAAGCAGGCCAGCGUGCCGCUUCUAUGGCGCCUGACGAGGGCUAUGAACAGUUCACGCCUGACACCUGGUACUUCGAGGGCGCCAAAUUCCUCGUCCUGGACAAUAAUGGCCCUGAUGCCGGCAGUUGCCACAACAACACUGUGGUGACGUGCGGCCUGUUGACGGACAAGGAGGAGCCAGAUGACACGGGAGAGGGACCUUACAGGCGCCUGCAGUUCGUCCCCCGUGCGGUAUUCGUACGGCCCGCUGCCGGGAACACCGACCUCUCCGUCCUUCGCGGCCUGCUUGACUACGACGAGACUCGUGCCGCCUUUGUGGUUACCCCACGGUGGAGCGGCGCCCAAAAGGUGGUAUUCCCUGACCGUACGGUUGUCAGCGAUGGUGAGCCCGCUGUCAACUCGGCCAGCCUCAAGCGCUUUAAC